AUUGAGUGUCUACUAUCCCUGUGUGUAGAAUGUGUAUUACUUUAGGUAGGUACAAGUAUCUCGGGUUUAAAUACCAAAAUUUGCCCCCCUUUCUUUACACCAUUCCGAAAUCCAUCGCCAUCUUGAAUCUUUACUGUAGAAGUUAUAUAAUAUUGCAUUCUGUGAGACUAAAGCGAAAUACCUCUUCCAAGAGAAGUAAAGGUAGAAAAUAUGCAGCUGCGACAGCAUCUCGCGUGUCUUGGCUUUGCUGCCACUGCUGCCGCACAAGUCUACCAGGGCUUCAACUACGGAUCAACCAACAACGACGGGUCAUGUCGGGGAUACAACGACUUCAGGGGCUUCUUCGAGCGUGCUAAAAGUCUACCCGGUACGGGCGGCAAGUUCACAGCGGCACGCCUUUACACGUCGAUCCAGUGCGGUACGGCAGCGGAUCCUAUUUCGGCAUUUCAAGCUGCCAUCGACACCGACACACAUAUACUUGCCGGCCUGUGGGCCAGCGCCGGCCGCGAUGUUUACGAAAAUGAACUCAACGCACUUAUCGCCGCUGCUAACCGGCUAGGUACCGGUUUCACCGACCGCAUCAUCGGGAUUAGCGUCGGCUCCGAGGACUUAUACCGGAGCAGUCCUGAUGGCAAAGCCAAUAACGCAGGCGUUGGUGCGACAGGCGCCGAAAUCGAGGGCUAUAUCGGUUGGAUGCGAGACUGGCUGCGUGGUACACCUUUGGAAGGCAAGCCAAUUGGCCAUGUUGAUACCUGGACGGCUUGGAUCCUACCUGAAAAUGCUGGAGUGAUUUCGGCCGUCGACUUCCUAGGGCACAACUCGUUCCCUUACUUCGAGACCACGAAGCCGAACGCCAUCGGGCAAGCCGCGGACAACUUCUGGUUUGCCGUCCAGCAGACGGAGAGUGUCGCAAAGGGGAAGCCUGUUUUCGUCACGGAAACCGGUUGGCCGAGCGUGGGCCCUCAACAGCGAGACGCCAUUGCUUCGGUUGAAAAUGCAAAAACGUAUUACUCCCAGGUCGGCUGUGCACUUUUCGGACAGCGCACUGCCUUCUGGUACACACUGGUGGACGCCAACACGGCGCAGACUGAUAUAUCGUUUGCUCUCACACCUAUUGGCAACGCAACGCCUAAAUUUGAUUUGACCUGCUAAGAGUAUGAUAACAUGUGAGGUUAUACAUGGCGGCAUUGGUCAAGAACGCGGUCCAAUUCCUAGACUUUAAUAUCAAUACUUCAACUAGCAACGUUAGGUACCUAACCUAUACUUUCUAAGCAGCACUGGCGUGUAGAUAGAAUUGUCACAGGUAGGAAGAUGUUACCUAUCAUAGGCAGGGAAAAUCAAAAGCUUUAUAAAUCAUCGUGGCUCGGUAUAAUUGGUUCUCUAAGCACAGCUGGCUUCGGCUCAUGAGGUGCCUUAGGUAUUUAACACACUAUUUCCCGUACCUAGAGUCAUUCAACUCGCUAUGAUGUUUAUAUCUGUUUAUAUCA